UUUACUGUCUAAUUUAUUAUUGUCAAAGUUUACAAUUAUUAGCUUGAAUAUACCGCCUUAAAAUCGAAACAAGAAGGUGGCGUGAAUCCGAGUCUCUAUAUAUAAAAUCAGAAAGCAUGUUUAGACACACAUAUAGUUGGAUAUAUAAAAGAAUUUGAAAGCAUGUUUUAAACCCAUAGUACUUUGACAAAGAAUAACAAAUUAAUGAAAUAGCUAGGUCCCCAUUUUUUUAAUUUUUCUUCCGUACCUUAGCAUGAGAGUGCAACCGUACUUUUACACCUACACACUUUGAAGUUUAUAAAUUCUUACCCACCUAUAUCACCUUUUCUUUACUCACAACUCAACAAAUAUCCAAUACUAUCUCCUUUUCCAUUUUUUUCUCUUAAUAAACAAACUUUUCAAUUGUAACUUUAAAUAGUAAUUAUGGAGCAUCCUCAGUAUUAUGCACCCUACCGCCUUGCGGACUCAUCAUCUCUAGGAUUUCCUCUUGGCACUGCCUUUCUCUUGGUUGCUGUUUUCAGUCUGAGUGCUAUAUUUUCUUGCUGUUAUCACUGGCACAGAAUCCGCUUGCUUCGUCGACGCGCAGACCUCGAAGCAGGCGAUGAUCCUGAUUCCUUCAAAUAUAAACUCAAUUAUAAUAUGAGUGAAAAGCAGAACCAAAGCCAAAACAUGCCUGCAGUGUUAAUGCCAGGUGAUGAAGUUCCAAAAUUCAUAGCAUUGCCAUGUCCAUGUCAGCCACCACGACCGGAAAAGGUAGCUGAAGAGGUGCAGCUGCCGCCUUCGCCUUCGCCUUCGCCUUCACCUAAGCCAAUUCGUAUGGUAGUGGGAUUACUUUUGUAGCACUGAUUUUAGAACAUUGGAGUGUAAUGUAUAGAUUCAAUUGUGGUUCAACCAAAUUAUUAAGUUUUUUAUUUGUAAUUAAGGCACCAUUUGUCCAAUGCCUGCUAAAGUGAUUUGUUCAGUGCAACCUUAACUAAAACUUCCCCAAAAUCACAACUAAAAUUUUUGACCUUGGUAAGUUCAACGUAUUUUGACUUGUACGUUUAGGUUCAGGACCGAAAGUCUCCAUUUUGUUUGUAACAUUAAAGACUAUUAUACAUCAAGGAUUAUUAAAAUAUCCUACUCUCAAAUAUUGUAAGUUUUGAAUCCUUGACAAGCAAAUUAGUUUGUUCAUA